AUGAGGGAGCAUCGACAAUGCAUCGGGUUUGAGCUAAGGGACCGAACUAGGUUCUCAAAAUCACUCCCAACCCUUCCCCCCCUCAAGGUACGAAGUAGUAUCAUCUGUCCUUCUCACAUAACUCCAUCGGUGGUCUUUCAGGGAACAAGGGGACAACAGGCCAAUGGCUGGAUCGGGUGCCUGGGUGUGUUGGAGAUGAAGGCUGCUUCAGCUUGCAGAGCUGGCUGGGCGGGCAGUGGGCGAACCUUCGAACCCGCCCCCGAUUUUCAGAAACGAAAAAGAGGCCACUCUGCCCGAAGUAACCUCUCUGACCCAAGCAAUCUCAUGCUGGCUGCUGAGUUUCAGGAACGUUUCUUAUUUCCACGCGGAUCGACGAAACUAAAAAUGCCCUCGCCGCAUGGGCUACCGUCACCCUGA